AUGAUUCUUUCGCCAGAUGCAACUGACCCUUUCAGCCAACUUAAAUCUGAGAUCAUUUCCCGAUGCGGAGAAUCGAAAUCCCAGGAAAUUCGUAAGUUAUUGGCUGGAGAGCAGUUGCACGACAGAAAGCCGUCCGAGCUGUUAAGAAUUAUGCAAAGACGUGCCGAAAGUCACAAUAUUGCCUAUUCUCUUUUACUGGAAUUAUUUCAUCAGCAACUGCCAUCAAAUGUGCAAUCGAUUCUUGCCUCAAUACAACCUUUGACAUCUCAAAAAGCCUCUGAAAUAACUAACAAAAUACUGGAUAUAACACCAAUCCAGGUAAGUGCUGUUUCGAAUUUAACUGCUACAGCUGAUUCUGAACUGUUAUCAGAAAUUAAAAUGUUGCGUAAAGAAAUUACACAGAUGCGUCGCCAUUCCAGAAGUCAUUCACGGAAUCGCCAACCUCGUUUUCGACAGAAAAGCCCUGCUAGUAGUGAUGAUAUCUGUUGGUAUCAUCGGAAGUACGACUCCAAAGCGCAUAAAUGCAUUCCGCCUUGCAAUUAUCAGCCAAACCACAACGGCAAGGAGUAG